AUGGCUGUCAUUCUUCUAACCAACGUCGAUGCACUGUGGCUGGCCUUUCUUGGUUACCUGCUGUAUCAUGUUGGCCGGAAGCUGGGCCGCAGGGCCGCGCACAAAGGCUUGCAAGCCAGAAGUAAACCUCCAGGCCCUCCAGGCCCUCCGUUCGUCGGGAACACGUACCAGAUCCCGCGCGACAGGCAGUGGCUGAAGUUUGACGAGUGGAUUAAGCAUUACGGUGCGUGCUCUCGGAGCAUAUACUCCGAUAGACCGCAAGCCGUCAUGGCUGGGGAGCUGGUCGGGUGGGAUCUAGGUCUUGGCUACGCACCGGGUCCACAUAGCCCUCGCUUCCGAGAGUUUCGUCGGCUCUUUCAGCAGUUUAUGGGUCCCCGGGCAGCCCAAGAGCCUACUCUAUUGGCCGCACAAGAGAAGCACGCCACGAAGCUCUUGUAUCGUCUGCUGAUUGCACCGGGAAACUUCAUGACGCAUGUUAGGCAAUCCACUGGCGCUUCGAUCCUCUAUCUAACGUAUGGAUAUGAAGUCUCCGACGACGUGAACGAAGAUCCGCUGGUCAACAUCGCCGAAGAGGCGAUGCAGGGGUUCGCUCAUGCUUCGGAUCCAGGAGCAUAUCUCGUCGACACCGUGCCCUGGCUGAAGUACGUUCCGGACUGGUUUCCUGGCGCGACAUUCAAGAAGGAUGUGAAGGUCAUGCGUCGAUCGCGAGAGCGGCUGUAUGACGUGCCGUACGACUUUGUACGAAGGGAUAUGGCUAAAGGAGCAGUGCCCAGUUCAUUCGUGUCUAGUUAUAUCGAUGAGAAAGGGGAGCCUACUCUCAUGGAAGAGGAGCUCAUAAAGGCAGCCGCUGCGUCUCUCUAUUCAGGGGGCGCUGAUACGACACCUUCGUCAUUGGCCUCCUUCAUUCUCGUGGUGACUUUGUACCCAGAGAUACAGGAACGUGCUCAGGCCGAGCUGGAUUCUCUCAUCGGUGGAUCGUGGCAACGUUUGCCCUCCUUCGCAGACCGUCCUCGUUUGCCAUAUGUUGAGGCAAUAGUUCUUGAAGUCUUGCGAUGGAAUCCGUCUGUGCCACUGGGCUUGGCCCAUCGCCUUUCUCAAGACGACGUGUACAACGGUUAUCAUUUCGCGAAGGGCACCAUCUUUUGGGCGAAUAUUUGGACGAUGCUCCAUGACGAGAAAGUCUUCCCUGAACCCUCGAAGUUCAUGCCGGACCGUUUUUUAGACGGAAAUGGUCGGCUUAGAUCCCUAUCUCGUCUUGAAGACCCCGCAGUACUUGGCUUUGGCUUUGGACGGAGGAUCUGUCCCGGGAUGUAUUUCGCACACAACUCGGUUUUCAUCGCGAUAGCGCGAAUGUUGUAUGUGUUCAACUUUUCAAAGACUCGCGACCAUGUCGGCAACGAGAUCACUCCUGAGAUUGAGUAUGGUGGAUUUAUCAGCCACCCACGUCCUUUUCCUUGCUCAAUCUCUCCUCGGUCUAAAGCGAUGGCGGACUUGAUCCUGCAUACGCUACGGAUAGAGUAA